UCUGUCUACGCGUUCGUCUCCUCGUCCUCGUCCUCGUCCUCGUCCUCGUCCGAUCUGUCUCCGCCCUUUCGACCCCGCCUCUCUCCCCACCAAAUCUCCCCUCGAGGCCGCUCCUUGCCUCCUCCUCCUUCCUUAUUUCCUGGAAAGAUCCGGUCUUGUUCGUUUUCUGUAGUCGGAUCCCCGCCGCGCCGCGAUCCUACACGUGAUUCGUCCAUCAAUGCCGCGCCUUGAGCUGUAAGAGUGGCGCUCGACGACUUUCCUGACGGAGUAAAUCUCUCAUGAACGGUAGGAGCGCGUAGGAGUGACGGGAGGUCCCCAACUGGGAGCGGACUCGGAAAUGGCAAGCUCGGGGACGGAGGAGGACGAGACGUCGGCGGUCGGACCGGUCCAGAUGGUGAAGGUGAAGAGGAAGCUUCUGGCCGCGUGCAUGACGUGCCCCAUCUGCAACAAGCUCAUCCGGGACGCCACCACCAUCUCCGAGUGCCUUCAUACGUUUUGCAGGAAGUGCAUAUUUGAGAAGCUCGACGAAGAAGAGACAGAUUGUUGCCCUGUAUGCAAUAUUCAUCUUGGUUGUCUCCCUGUAGAAAAACUCAGGGCUGAUCAUAAUCUCCAAGAUUUGAGAGCGAAAAUAUUUCCUAUAAAGAAAUCAAAAGUUGGAGCAUCUGAUAGUGCCCCUUCCGUGACAUUACCUGUUAGAAGAAAAGAAAUUUCUCUUUCUUCAUUAGUGGUGAACACUCCAAGAGUUACUAUACAAACAGGUCCAUCAGGAAGGCGAAAAAAAACAGUUGGCAAUAGGGGGGCUGCUACACAUCAUGGUAGUGAAUCCUAUAAAAAUGAGGAUGAUACUACUGAUAAGUUUGCAAUGCAAUCAAGUUUGAAUGGAAACUCAACCAAACAUGCCCUAAACAGAAGACAGGCUGCUUUCGAUCCUGACAAUUCCAACAAUGAUGUUAAUAAAGAUACAGGAAAUAGUGCAACUGCCAUACCGGACAAGGCAGAGCUCUGGAAACCUUUGAAUUGCUUAGUCGAAGCUGCAAACAGAACAAAAUCUUUUAGGUCUACUCCACAGAAUUCUUUCAUCAAGGCAGAGCAAAAAGAGGUUCCUGAUGGUGAAAUAAGUACUAACAAGACCAGGAUUAUGGAGCAUAUUCAUAAGUCCAAAUCUCAGGAUGAGAAGAAUCACGCUGCUAUGACAAUAAAAGCCCGAAGGUUGAAGUCAGUUAGCCAGAAAAGGAGAAACAUUGCCAACUCCAGUCAAACAAUACAUGAUGCUUCUAACACUCAAAGUGAUAAGAGAACAACUCCAUUUUGGUUUUCCUUGGUUUCCUCUUUUGACCAGAGUGGAGGUUCAUCAUUUCCCCAGAUCUCAACCAAUUAUUUGAGAAUAAAAGAUGGUAAUAUACCCGUUUCUUACAUUCAGAAGUACCUUGUCAAGAAGCUUAAUCUUUUCAAUGAAGAUGAGGUCGAAAUAACAUGUCGAAAUGAACCAGUGAUGCCCACAAUGUCGCUGAACAAUGUGGUAGCACAAUGGCUGCGGGGGACACCUCCAUCACAAAGGCUUCCGGCAGUUAUUGGAACCUCAGCCAAAGACUUUAUAGUGAUGUUGGGUUACCGGCCACACCCUGCUGAAGUCGCAGCUCAAUAAAUAUGUAUGUUGACGACACCAACGAAGCAUCUUCGCACUGACAUUACUCGUUUAGUCUUGCAUGCUUACUCAUCGCCCAAAUUAGCUCCCUCUUCCAUCAUGAGUUUCUUCUUGUUUAAUUAAUUGUCCUCUUCACUCUAUGGCAGAGUGUGUUACCGAGUAUGGUUCAGCUAAUGAUCAUAAUGUAUUCCGAGUGAUAUAAUGGCACCACAAAUGUAGUGUUCUGUUUGAUUUUGUUGAUUGAUUUUUCUUGUUUAAGCCUU